GCCUGCUUCAGUCCCAGCUAUCCUUUCCUGUCAAAGCUCUGAGACUGCUCACGAACGAUUGAGUCCUGACGGUUCUUGUACAGCAUGCUCAUCAGUCACAAACUGAUUGCAGUUUGAAGUUGAGAUCUGUAGUCUGGCACGGACAGGGCAGAUUCGUUGCAGGAUUUACGAUGGGCACAUUUUAAAGUUGCCAGGAUUGCCUCUCGCGACGGUUGCCACUGAAAAUGGGUUUUCAGGCAGCGCAUGUAGGCGACCUAUAGACUUUCAAGUUCUUCAAAGCAUCAUCUUCGACACUGCCAUCCCCAUCGUCUCCCAUCAGCAUCAUCAUCAUCAUCACCAUCAUCACCAUCAUCACCAUCAUCACCAAGAAAACAAUUAUCCUCAGCCCAAGGAACCAUACAGCAAGGAAACAUUGCACUGAGCUGGAGUGUGUUUAUUAAUAACACGUACACACACGAUCGUGGUGGACUGGAUGGACAGCCCUGAGUGAGUGUACGUGUACAACUGCUGGCAGCGAAAGCGCGCAGGAUCAGCGUAUCGCUGCACGAGAAUGGCCCUUUCUACAGUACUCAGAAUAAUAUUUGCUGCAUGUAUCACGAGUGUAGCGAUAACUGGAGCAAAUUCAACGUCACCGCCGACGCAUCUGCCCCGAACGAACGCCACACCUGCCGACAUAGCGCCCUCUGUUGCCGGAGAUUCCACGGCUCAACUUUUGUUGACGGAACUCGGAAUCACAACGUUUCCUACCGAUCCCACGACGACAAGCACGGCGCCAGAAGUUGUUAUUCCCGAAAAUGCCCAAGCACAAGCUGAAGGCAUCACCACCGCAUCCAAUGGCUCGUUGGAUAUUUUCCUUUCGUCCACCGAAGCUAACUUGCCGGCAAGCCCACAGGAUGGGGGCACAGCAGCGGCGACAAUCGUCAAAACGCCGCUCGUUAACUUACCGCCGCGUGGGACGGCAACUGGAAUGACCGGCGUCAGGACUGCGAUUCCAUACCCACUGCCUACGCCAGUUAUUGACAUGAGGAGCAUUGAAGUCACCUCUCAUACCAUCAGCAUGUGUCUUGUUGAACCUGUCGGCCCUGAGGGUUCCAUCACUUACUUCCUGGUCACCGAGUCCCUCUUGGACGGCACGCGUACGUGGAACAGCAGCCAUGACCUGGUCAACGGGACAACAGUGUGUGUCAGGAAACAGGAUCUGACGGCGGGGGUGCUGUACAGCGUAAAGGUGGUUGCACGUGACGACGACUUUGGGCGAUCUCAGAGUGCACUGCUCAACAUCACGAUAGAACUUCCCCCCAUUGAAGUUAUUCUGGAUCCAGUCCUGGAACUGCUGGGGGGUAGUGCAACAAAGGUGACCAUUGAUUGGUCUUUCAAGAGUCUGACCCACGUUGAGGAGUUCAUCUUUGAGUACAACCAAACCAACAACUAUCCUGGUGGGUUCCAGCAGUACGGCCCAAAGAGCCUGAGCGGAACCACCCGUAACAUCACCCUGAUGGGGCUUUUCCCUGGAGCUACCUAUGACCUGCGUUUGCAAGGCUUCAGUGGGCCUCGAACUACUACUGUCAUGAGACGGUGGAUCCCAGAGACGGAGCCGCCGUCCCAUCUCAGGUCUUUGGGCGCCACAGCCACCACCGUGGAGCUGACAUGGAUCUUCCCACCCCACACCCCUGGGGCCCUGGUCAGACACUUCCAGGUCAGCUACCGUAUCAUCGAAAGCCCAGAGAGGCACGGGGGCCAGGUCGUCUUCCUGUGGACCAACGACACCAGGAUCAUCCUGGAGGGUCUAAUCCCUGAUGUCAAGUAUGAGGUGAAUGUCAGCACCAUCAGCAUCAGCGGUCGCCCCAGCUACCCACGGGUUGUUAUCCAGGAAACAGGAAUCGCAGCACCCAAGAUCAUCAUGUCUUCCGCCACAACCACCAGCUUCACGUUGGACUGGGAGCUUCCCCGCGGAAGCUACCACCACAAGGUGGUCUGCUCCAACUGCCCCACCCAGGUCCAGAACCUAGAGCCUGGGGUGACCAGGGUCACCUUUGCAGGGCUGCGGCCGGGCAACAUGUACAACGGUUCCCUGGUUGCGCUGAAGGUGCGUCUGGCCAGGAGUGAUCUCACUCUCUACAGGAGGUUGACUUAUCCGGAGGGGCCCUCAUUAGUCCAGGUCCGCAUGCUGGACAGGCAUGGGGAACGGUUGGAGGUCUCCUGGCCGGCUGAGAUCUGCAGCGGAUGCCAGGUGGACUCCUACACCACCUCCCUGAUGAUAACUAAGAGCUCCAGGCGAUUGUACUGGAAGCACUCGGACUGCGUGGUGGGAAUCUGCAGCGUGGUUUAUGACUCGCUGGAGCCUGGGCAGGAGUACCACGCUGAGGUCAGCGCUGUCAGGAUGAAUCUGUUUAGCAACCCUCCCACUCUAUCCGGGAAUAUCAGGAUACCACCAGCAACUCCAGGACCCAUCACCUUCUCCAGUGUCACCCACGACCAGAUCAGCAUUGCCUGGGCACCCUCCUUUGGGGUGGUGGACAAGUACAUCAUUGCGCUGUGCCAGGCCAGUCCGCCUCCCACCGCAGACUGCAACACCUACAGGAUCGAAGUCAACUCGUCAAUCACGGAAUUCACAUGCCUCGAGCUGAAACCGAACACAUCAUACAACAUCACGUUGAGCUCCAAGUCCGGAGGACUGACCAGUACCCUCCGAUGGGUCGUCAAGGCAACCACUUCACACUUUCCAGCGGUAGACAGCCGGCCGCCAAAGGCCCCCGGCACCAGUGAGGUCACCCCGUACACGUUUCCUGUGACCUUUGACACCAGCUACUUUGACAAUUCCAACCGGGCUAUUGUGUAUUACACAGUCCUGGUGGCUGAAGCUAGCGCUGUGAGCCAUGCUAGUCUACCCACACAUGGCAACUUAUCGGAGGGGCUACGGACUCGCACGUGGGCUAAGGCUAUCGGCAAGGAGACCAUACAACGCUACCAGAUUGCUGAGAGAUAUCCCUAUGAGGACCUCAUAUCAGAGUCUGGCAAGAGGGAAGCCUACGCCAAGAAGACUGUCAUCGUCGGUGAGGAGGAUUGCUCGGAAGAGGAGAAAGACGUCUACUGCAAUGGACCACUGAAGCAUAAUAAGAUCUAUGUCUACCAAUUUCGUGCUUUCACAUCGACCGGCUAUUCUGACACACCAUUCUCACGGCAUGUGAUUCUACCCGAGGAUAAUUCUGGUGUCGUGGCCGGCAUCAGUGUUGUCUUGAUCAUUCUGUUUAUCAUCGUACUGGUUCUGAUUGGCAUGAUCAUGAGCCGCAAAUUCAGGGGCAACUACGGCAAGUACAUGGCAGCGCGGUCCUUGGAGCCCCUGCCGGUCAGCGUCAUGGCCCGCCCCUCCACCAACCGACGUUUCUCCCGGCCAGUCCUCCUAACCGACUUCUGCCACGACUUUCAGGUCAUGAAUGCCCACUGCCACUACGGCUUCUCCAAGGAGUACGAGGCGGUCAUGAAGGUGGGCCGUAAGCUGACCACCAACGCAGCCGUGCUGGCUGCCAAUGUCAGCAAAAAUCGCUACACCAACAUCCUGCCCUUUGAUCGUACCAGAGUUAUGCUGAGUCCUGUUGAUGAUGUCGAAGGUUCAGACUACAUUAAUGCCAACUACAUUGCGGGCUAUGAAUCCCCAAGAGAGUACAUCGCCUGUCAGGGUCCACUGCCUGGGACAGUGGAUGAUAUGUGGAGAAUGAUAUGGGAACAUGACGUUGCAACGAUUAUCAUGCUAACACAGCUCAUAGAAAAAGCAACAGUAAAAUGCGACCAGUACUGGGAAGAGGACAGUGCACCUUACCUGCACGGCGAUAUCCAAGUCACUUUGUCAGCUACCACGGAGCAGGAACAUUGGACGACACGAGACUUCACUCUUGAAAGGAAUGAUGCCACUAAGAAGGUCCGGCAGUUCCAUUACAUGGCCUGGCCAGACCAUGGGGUACCAGACUGCAGCACGGCACUGCUGACUUUCAUUCGGACAGUGCGUGCGCAGAUUCCCAAGAACGGGACGCCAACUGUCGUUCACUGCAGUGCCGGGGUUGGACGCACAGGGACCUUCAUCAGUUUGGAUCGGCUGAUGAGACACAUGGAGGAAUUCAACUUUGUUGACAUCCUGAGUGUGACCUGUGACCUGAGAAUGCAUCGAAGCUACAUGGUCCAGACGGAGCAACAAUAUGUCUUCAUUCACAAAUGUGUCUUGGACAUACUGGAAGAGAAGGGCAUCGCCCCCAAGCGCCUGCCUAGUAUCUCCUCCAUCGACACCUACGACAUGGCUUCCACUCGCCAAGGCAGUGAUGCUUCAGCCAUCAUCAAAUGUGUCUACGAGACCGAGGAUGAUGCGACCAGUGCCAGGGAACGCCGGGAUGUGGUGGUGUACCGGCGCACAUCCCCGGACCGCAGUGAGGACGAGGACUUCCACAAGAGGUUCUCCUCGUACAGCGUUGGCUCGGCCAAGAGGUCGCUGAUUGAGGACAGCUGCGACUCGCGCCGCCCGUCCUCGCCCAAAAAAGCCAACAGCAACGGCUCAGCCAAGGGCUGUCCACACCCUUGAAGGAGGAAUUCGUCUGAUUCCUGAUACAGCUGACUAAGCCGAGACUCCAAAGUUUUUCUUCCGAAGUCUCUGUUAAAGCUUUCUCUGCUUUUCAAGUUGAAAAGCAUUUUUGGUACCGACAUACCCUGAAAACUCAGCAAUUUCCACGAGAAGCAACUCAAAACAAGACCACUUAUCUUGGGCAAAGAAGUAUUUGUUGUACUUUUCAGACAGAUGCUAAUCCAAGCGAUUUGAAGGUCUUGCCCAUUUCUUAAUACCUGUUGAGUUCUAGGGCUUUUGAAGCAGAGAACAGAGGCAUCUGACUAGCAGAAUUCAAAUCCUGUUCCAAGAACAAAAUUAACUCCUUCAACUGAAAGUGUCAAUUUAAUCAUGUUUAUCAGUUUAAAUUACGUGUCAAAAAUGUAUUCGUAACAGCCCUGUGGUGUCCUGACCAAUCACUGCUGUGGUGUAUGUCUGACGUGCAUGCGGGGGGGUGGGCUUACCUAAUACCCACCUUAAUAUUUAAUGGUGCUUCACAUACUAAGUAAAAGCAUUCUACUUCUAGGCUUACAAUUACCUUGAUUUUGUCAGGAAAAAGUUACAAUUGGGCCUCUACAAAGCCAAUUAGCAUAGAAUGCAGUAAACAACCUCCAGUUUUUUCUGCAAGUAGAAGACUGGAAAUGAAAUUCUGUGGGGGGGGGGGGUUUAUGCCGAUCAAAAGUGGAUUCUGAAUACCUUCAAAUGCAAAAUGAAGAGCUUCUAAAAUAUUUCAGGGUUUGAGAAAAAAUGGGUAGAUGUGAUUGGUUGACUCUCCUGAUAGAUCAGGAUGACUUUCACCUGUGAAGUCUUUCAUUAUUUGUCUUUCUUUUUAAAUGUCAAAUGCAUGAGUACCAUGAUUUUAAUUGAUUUUAGGAAUAUCUUCUCAAUCUGUGGAACUAGUAUCCACGUGAGGGAAAGGUUUAUUUUUGACUUUACAUAGCAGUGGGCAUUUAUCCCACUGUAUGGCCCAAGUUUCCAGUGCCUGGUAGGUAAACCAUAAAUUUGGUGUUUUUAUUUUAUCAACUUUGACAAGAUAUUAGGCAUUCCUUCUUGUCCAUUGGCACUUAAAAUACAGAUUGGCUAAAUGCUGAAAAUUGAAACAAACUAUACAGGGAAACUGACUUGGUGCUUAAAUACAAUUAUAAAGAUGAACAAAGAAAUUGGCUGGAGCGGGAUUUGAACCUGCGACUUCCGGAACACUGUACCGGAGCUCUACCAUCUGAGCUGUCCAGCCCUACAUUGGCAGCACUUCCCAUUUGAUAAUGAAGAUAAUUGACAAAUGGGAAGAGCCACCAACAUAGGGCUGGAUAGCUCAGUUGGUAGAGCCCUGGGUACGGUGUGCCGGAGGUUGAAAAUUUAAUUCCCGCUCCAGUCAAUUUCAUUGUUCAUCUUUAUAAUUAUGCGUAUAAAAUAAUUGACGUUACAUUUCAUUACGUGAAAAAUCUUCCCAUCUGCAGCUGUUUCAGAUCACUUCAUCCUGCUCAGCGCUCUGCUUAACUGUUUUAACUGUACACGUGUAAACAAGCUGUUGUAUAAAAACUUUCAAAGGUCUAUUUUAACGCAGUGAAUAUAUUUUAUAUCCAGAAAUAUUGUAAAUGAGAUGAAGAAAAUGCAUUUAUCAGUGGUCAUCCGCACUAGUUAUCUCUCGGUACGGGAUAGCGUUUGAUCCGUUUCCUUCAUCACUAAUGACCCAACAUCCCCUUUAAUCCUUUGCAUGCCGCCAGUCUGUGCACCGAUCAAAGCCUUUGUGCAAAUAGCAUGCAAAGGGUUAAGGUCCCCGCCUCAAUUUUGUUUCACCUUUUGGCUUACUGAAAUACUGAGCAUGUUGCCUUGCCCUUAUCAAAUUUAGUGUGAGUUAGAGUGUCGGACCGAACACGAUGCUUGACAUCAAUGGGACACAAACCUGCAAAGCCCUGGAAUAUUGCGUAGGUAUCUUACUGACAGGUUACUUGGCCUUUUGCUGCCAGUGUUUUCCAGUUUUCUUCAGCACUGUAAAAUCAGACUUGAAGUCAUUGGUAAGAGCAUAAUACACUGCAUUUGUUGUUAAUGUAAAAGCACUGUGUGAAGUGUUAUAGGUGUCAGGCUUUUUGAAGGAAUGUCAGCUUAGAUGACCACUGGUAAAUGCAAAGAAAUAAAUAGGGGUAUAAAAGUAACAAUGCCAUGUGAAAAAAAUUAAAUGUUUAUUUUCAAAACUGUAAAUGUAUACGCUGCUUACAGCAUGAAGAAGAGAACACAAUGGCAAUAUUUCUUGUACAAACAUAAUUUGUUAACCAUUCACAUAAUUUACUGUACUGUAUUGGAAACUUGUUGGUAGCAUAUGUACAAUACUUCAUUUGCUCUGCAAUGCUUCGUAAAUCGUUUGUAUCAUGCGUUUGUGUAUUGAUUAAUAUGUGGGAUGGGACCACAGUUGAUGUCGGGAGUAAAUAUGUAAUAUUGAAAUGCAUGCGAACUUGAAAGUUAACUCUAAAAAGGAGCCCUUUUGUGAACUACACGGAAGGCCUGUGGUUGUUUCUGUGAAUGCCCAAGCUUGCCAAAAUAAACAGAAGUCUUUCUGAAGCAUGGAAAUGUA